ACUCAGCUGUACCUGAAAGCCUCACUUUGUAGUUGCUGAAUGUAUUGAGUGUAAAUCGUUUUGAAAUUUGUAUACCAUAGAUUUGGAGCUAGCUUAAGUGAGAGUUUGUUUGUUUGUUUGUAAAUCGGAUCAGAUUGUGUAAAUACUGUAAGUAUUUUGUUUUUCUUAGAAGCAGUAGGGGUGGGCUGGCAUUUUUGUUACUGACUAUUUUCUCCUGUUUUACUUAGCCUAGGGACUGGGAGGUAGGCUUAGUAAAUGUUUUUUUGUUUAUUUAUGUUCCUACCAGGGUUUAGUUACUUUUUUGGGGGUUUUCAGAUAGCUUGUUUUGUUUGUUGUUUUGGCCAUUAGUCCACCCUGAAGCCAGGCUUCUUUUGUUAGUCCAUUUGGUUUGUAAAUUUAUCUGUGAAUUAUAAAAAGUACGAUUUUUGUUGGCAAUAAGCUGCCUGUUUUCUAUAGUAAUUUCUCCUCCGCCUUUCUUUGUGUUGUGCCUCUGCACCCCUAGACCAGGGGCAUAACACUCUGCACAAAGUAACGUGAACGCUUGUGAAACCAAAAGUGAAACUGUGGACCUUCAUAGCUCUAAAUACUGUGAGCACGCUGACACGGAAGUCCCAGGUUAACCGUGGAAACGUGGCAGUUAGAGUUUCUCAAGAACAUCUCUGAUGGAGGACUGAAGUUCGUCGGCUCGAGUCCUCAGACCGGGUCGAACUCAAAAAGGGACUGCGGCCGUCCAAGCAAAGACAACUCAGCGACCCGAUCCAGAGAGGCGCAGUUGACCGGCUGACGUUCUCACCAGGUUAGAGGACAACAAGGCACCGUCAGCUCGCACCGAGUUAACGCCUGAAUGCCGAGAUUUACUCAGGCUCUGAGACCAGGUGAAAAACACAGAAGCCAACAUGAAGAAGAUGUUUUAAAAGUUUCUGUCUGAGAUCGAGUUGAAAAAAUAAAACGAUGGAGCCACAAGGAGGAAAUACUCACUCUUCCUUUGCUUCAUGGUAUGACACAGGCAGGUGUAAGAAGACAUGUGACUCACCACAGGCUGAGGCGGAAGAGCUGAAUGAAGACAGAAAUGAGUCAUUAUACGAACAGGAAGGAAGUCGUACUUUCAUCUCAGAAAAAAAGAGGACUGCAGAUGAGAAGUUUUCAGAGCAGAGUGUUUGAGAUGAGUGGCUGAGCAAAAGGAUGCACAGGUCACUGGAUAGAUCUUACUCAACUCCUCCCUAUCCCACCUGGGGUGUAAAAGAAUAUAAAAGCUGUCUUAAAUCUAGAAUACGUCCUCCACCUGAGACUGUGGAGACAGGAGAUAAGGUUUUACCCACAACAGUCCAUCAUGACCCAGACACAGGACAUUCUUAUGCCAGUCUUCAAUAUAAACCAUCGGCUGAAAUGUCAGGCAAAAAUGAAAGCAAUUAUUUGAAAUUAUUUGAAAAAACAAUGAGUGCAGAUGAAAAGGAGAAGAACGAAAGAAGAAAAAGGGUCCACGGAUUAUCUGACAGUUAUUCCUCAACCUGUCCCUCUUCCUUCAGGAGGCGUCAUGAUUAUGAAAUCUGGUUUCCAUCCACAGGACUUCCUCCCUCCACGCUUCCCUCUAUUCUCCCACGACAGCAAAACGAGCGUAUCAUCUCAGCUCAGUCCGAACAUCAUAAUGUCAGACUUCCAGAUCAACAGUCACUUGAAGGAUUAAACCACCCAUACAACCAGCUACUCGACAUGUGGGGUCCUGUUGACAUGAGCAAAACCAAAGGUGAGACUGUGGAGACAGGAGAUAAGGUUUUACCCUCAACAACAGUCCAUCAUGACCCAGAAACAGAACAUUCUUUUGCCAGUCUUCAAUAUAAACCAUGGCCUGAAAUGUCAGGCAAAAAUAAUAGCAAUUAUUUGACUGGCGUCAGUUUAGCACUACAACAUAAGCAAGACCCUCAGAGAGUUUCUGGGGAAAGAGUGUCACUAUCUGGCGCCCACAGCUUUCCGAUUUUCAGCUCGUCUGCAUCCACUCCCUUCUCUGCAGGGAAUUAUUAUACUGACCCUUCUCCUCAGCCCUUCUUUCAGGUUUCUGCUCCUCCCUUCCAGUCUUCUCUGAGUUAUAAACCCCUGAAGGGAAACUUAAGAAGCUUCAGAAGGCAGAAAAAACGUAAGAUAUAUUCCUUUACUCCUGCUUCCACCAUUGAUUCCCCUCAAGAUCAAACCAGGGAAAUGGAGCUGCAUGCAUCAGCUGGUCCUUCCACAUGUCAACUCCCCACCAACGAUGACAAUGAUACAGACUCUGCUCUUCAUGACUCGUCUGGUCGUGUCCAUAGCGUAUCACAUACCCCCUCUGACUGGGAAACUCAGUCUUGUGAAUCCGGAGACACUCGUUUUCUUUCUACUCCUUCACUAACAUUAGACCAGAUCUUACAUCUUCCAAACAGACAAAACACAGAUGAUGGUGGCCGCAGCUUUGAUAAGUCCAGUUCUACUUUCAGAGUACCCGACAGCUCGCAGUCCAUAGCCCCAACUGUUGCUGGUCCUCCAUGUCCACAAGGCAGGCCUGCAGUCCUCCAGGACUCAACUGUCUGCGCUGAAGCAAGUGGAGCACAAAAUGCAUUUGAGCUGCUGUUUCUGCAGUCUGAAAGUGAGUCAGGGGAUGACGGUGGUGCUCUGAUGGAAAUGGAGACAUCUGCAACAGCUGUAAACAACUCAGUCACCCUGCCAGUCCGGUCUCACCUCCAGAUCUCCUCAGAUCCUGGUUGGAGUACACAAAGCUGCAGUCGUUUGCCUCGUUCUCACAGCAUGCCCUCACUGAGUCCAGUAAACUCCCUUACAAGAGCAAAGAGCCUACCUGACAUGCUGUUAAAAAGCAGCUUUGAGGAGUUCACGCCUGAUGUCACUGCUGAUGGACACGAUGAAACCUACAGGUUCCAGUGCUCCUGCCCAGGCCUGUACCAGUGCAGUGUGACAGGCCUGGUGUUCCACAUGGAGGGAGAAGGGGACGUGGUUUACAGGAUCAUCCCUUGGAACAGGAGGCGACUGGCCCAGCAUCACAAGCAGCCUGCAGGACCCCUGUUUGACAUCAAAUGUGUGCAGCAGUCUGUGAGUCAGCUUCAUCUCCCACACUGUGAGAUCUCCUCCGCAGGGGGGUGUGACUUCCUGUCAGUUGCUCAUGAGAACGAUGACAGCGUAGAGUUUAUCGCCCCUCAUAAGAUAACAGAAACACACGUUAUCAUCAACAUCACAGGGUUCUCUGGUUUCGGGAAUGUCAAGGACGAAGACUCACCACCUGACCCGGUCGGAGCGCUGGUUCUGCUGUUCUACAGGCCGCCGGUUGAUCCUGAGCUCACGUCCCUCCUCAAUGUGUUGCUGCUACCGAGGAACGUCGUGCUGCGGGAUGUGCUGCGCACCAGGAGGAAAUUAGUUGGAGAUGAGACCUACAUAGAGACAACCUCGCACUGUAAACUGCAGCCAAAGCAGGAAUACACUCUGUCCACUAAAGUCAAGUCCGUUCUAGUUGAACCAAAAAAAGCAGAGUUUGACUGUGACAACUACGACAACUACGUCCCAUCAUUCCAGGUGAAUUUCAAGAAGAUCAUGAAACACGUGAAGCUGCUGCUGAGAGAAGCCAACAGCUCCUGCAGCGUCUGGGAGAGACGAGUUUGUCUCUCAUCCACUGGAGUGAUGAGGUCCUGUGGGCAGAGCGCUCUGAACCUCCCUCCAAAUAAGAAGCUGUUCGACGUCCGGAGCAGCUUCAUCGAAGGGAUAUCAGGACCUGUUCUCAAGAGUCUGCUGGACAAACUGCUUGAGAAAAAGGUAAUGAGUGAUUCUGAGAGGGAGUCAGCAGACGACAUGCUGAACAGAAGAGACAAAGCUCGUUUUGUCAUCGACACAGUGAGGCAGAAAGGUGACGCUGCAAGUUCAGAGAUGAUUGAGUUCCUGUGUGAGGCCGACCCCUUCCUCUGUGAACACCUUGGCUUGAGCUGAAGCUCAAUGAACCGGUGAUGGAGUUUGAAACUGAUCAUCCUGUAACGGCCACAAAAGUUUUCUCUGCAUCAGUCAUUGUUUGUUAUCUUUCCUUGACACAGUGAAAAACGAAUAGAGAGAACAGAGCAUAUUGUUCUUGUCUAAGACAAUUAGUUGUUGGCCUUCACUUAUCUACCAUUGUUAUUAAAAGACUGUUAUUAAAAGACUGUUUCCCAGCUGUCAAUAGCCAUGUCUUGCAUUUGAUAAAGACAUGGCGACCUUGUGAUCUAGUGAGUUCAUGUGCUGUAUAUUCAUUUAGAUAUGUUUCAACAAAAUGUGCAAUUUGUGCAUUUUUUUUCUUAAUAUAAACUUUAUAAAGAUCUCUUCAUCACAGCCAAGCUGUAUUUUAUUUAUCAUCUUCAACUGAAUCAACCUUAACAAGGAUAGUUUUUAAAUGCUGAAUUUAAAGUAUUUCACUGUUACUUAUGAAUCUUUUACAAACACAUUUUACAAAAUGUUGCGACUGCAGUCUGUUGCACUUUGUAUGAUGUUUGUCAUCUUCUCACUCAAGCUUUGGAUAUUUGAUUUAAGUACACUUUUGAUGUUUGUUGUUAAUUUACUUUACUUGCAUUUUGUGUUUUUAUGCUGUUACAUUGCUGUCUGUAAGGUCCCAGCAAGAACCGGUGUCAUGAAGUUUUCAGCAAAUGUUGAUCCAAGUAAACAAACUACCAGAACAACAAAAACUGAAUUCAAAUUUUAAGGUCCAGCAGGGUGAAAGAGCUACUUUCAGGUGACCCUUUUAUUUACUUUUUACUUCUUGUCGGUAGUGUCAGUAACUCUGACUCUGCAGUCAAUCCAAUUUCUUCCAGAUGAGAUUUGAUUUCAUACCUUCAUCAGCCAGUAGGGGGGGACAUUUGCUUUUCAACAGUGUGAAUAAGUGGUCCUAAAACAGUAAAGUGUGUAUCUGUAUGCUUUUAUUAUGCCAGUGGAAGAAUAGUGCAAGAGGAAGCCUAGAAGGAAGCUCUGUUUUAUUGUUGCUUUUGGAUUUUCCAGCAUAUAUUUGAAAUCUUAUCUUGACAACAAAAAAGUUGUUAUAUUGACAUCAUUUAAUGCUCAAGUGGGUAGGUGAAAGAAAAAACGAAGGAAAACGGGGUUUUGUACUCUUUAAAAUAAGACAAGAUAAAACUUCAUUGAUCCCAUGUUGGGAAAAUUUUGUUGUUACAAAUGGUAAAAAUUAAAAGGAGAUGCAGAAAACGAACAAACAGACAAUACAAGAGGAUACAGAACAAAAUCAACUAUACAUGUACAAUAUAUACAAAAGAGCACAAAAAUAAUAUUGCCUUGAGGAGGAUGGCUCAGAUUCACAGGGUAAGAUUUUGAACUGUACAUGAGUAAGAUAUGGAUAAUAAAGUGUUUUUGUACUAAGUCA